CAGGAAGACUGGGAUCCGGGGAAAGGCUGCAGCCACCAAGCAGACUCAGCGUGGAUCUUCCAAUGUCUUUUCCAUGUUUGAACAAGCCCAGAUCCAGGAGUUCAAGGAAGCAUUCAGCUGCAUUGACCAGAACAGAGAUGGCAUUAUCUGCAAGUCAGACCUGAGAGAGACCUACUCCCAGCUCGGCAAGGUGAGCGUCCCAGAGGAGGAACUGGAUGCUAUGCUACAGGAGGGGAAGGGUCCCAUCAACUUCACGGUCUUCCUCACACUCUUUGGGGAGAAACUCAAUGGSACAGACCCCGAGGAAGCCAUCCUGAGUGCCUUCCGUAUGUUUGACCCCAGCGGCCAAGGGGUAGUGAACAAGGAUGAGUUCAAGCAGCUCCUCCUGACCCAGGCAGACAAGUUCUCUCCAGCUGAGGUAGAGCAGAUGUUUGCCCUGACACCCAUGGACCUGGCAGGCAACAUCGACUACAAGUCCCUGUGCUACAUCAUCACUCAUGGGGACGAAAAAGAGGAGUAAGGGGAAGGCCUGGGGUACCACAAUAAACUCUGUUUCUGAAU